AUGACUAAUAUCUAUAUUCCUCAGCUAUUCCAAUACAACAACGCUCCUGCAAUUAUUGAGUUGCUCCUAGAUGAAAAUGUUUCAAAUAAUGUCCAGUAUAAUAUACUACUUAUGUUAGAUCAAUAUUUACAAAGUACAGGCUUCCAAGGGGUACGAUUAUUCUUAACUCAGGGCAUCUUGAGAUUUGGUCUCAAACACCAUCACCCAAAUGUUCAGAAUUUGUGGAAUAGAAUUGCCAUGCAAUAUUUCAAUGAUUGGUAA